AUGCAGAAGAAAGAUAAAAUAAAAAAAGAUCAUUUGUUUGAUACUAUUGAGCACAGUGUUACAAAAAUGGAUAAUGAAUAUGGUGCUAAUUUUAUGGAAUGGAUAAAGAAUGAACAGAACUGCAAAUUAAUAGGAUCUCAUCUUAAAAAAUAUAUAAACUUAUACAGAGAAUCAAAAACAAUUACAACCAUCAAAUGGAUUUCAGCUGAUUGGACAUUAAGGAGUAUAAUUUUACUAACAAGAGUGUUGUUAUUGGAUCCUCCUAAAUCACUCAAUGAAAGUGAUCAUACAAAAUAUAAAAAAUCAGUGCCAAGAAUAAUGUUUGGAUGUAUUUACACCUGGAAUCCAAUUUUUAUAGGAGAAUAUUUAUUGUCAGUUACAAGUAGUUUAAAUAAUAGUGAGAAAAGUGAAAUUUUAUAUCAAAUAUUAAAUGAGUUUAAUUCAGAUAAGUUAAAGGCAAUAUUAACUGUCUUAGAUAAGAAAUGUAAUAAGGAAUUAAAAAUUUUAUUAUUAAACAAAUUCAAAAAUAGAAUUUACAUGAACAAUACUGAUAAAUGGGAAAGAACUGAUAGUUUUUUAGAUGCAAUGAAAUUUCUUUAA